UUGAGUGCACUUGACGCCACUGCCCUAUAAAACAAGCGACCGCCCCCUUUCUCGCUCCUCCACACGAACGAGCGACUCCAAGGAACCCGCUCCAACUCCAAUCACGCAUCCAUCCGUUCGUCACCAGCACCAAUCCACCUGACAUGUAAGCACCCAACCACCCCAGAAGCCAAUCGGUCCCGGCUGCUCGGCCGGUUGGAUCUUGGAUCUCUCGUGCGGGGGAGCGGUGGCGCAGCCGACGAUGGAGGGGCGGCUGCGGCAGGCGGGCCUGCCCAUCGGCUUCCGGUUCCGCCCCACCGACGAGGAGCUGCUGCUGCACUACCUCCGCCGCAAGGCGCUCUCCUGCCCACUCCCCGCCGACAUCAUCCCCGUCGCCGACCUCGCCCGCCUCCACCCAUGGGACCUCGUCCCAGGCGAUGCCGACUGGGAGCGGUUCUUCUUCCACCUGCCGGCGACGAGGUGCUGGCGCAGGGGCGGCGGGGCGACCAGGGCGGCUGGCACCGGUGUCUGGAGGGCGUCCGGGAAGGAGAAGCUCGUCGUCUCGCCGCGCUGCAAGCGCCCCAUCGGCGCCAAGCGGACGCUCGUCUUCUGCCACCGUGGCAAGCGCACCGAGUGGGCCAUGCACGAGUACCGCCUCCUCCCCGCCGGCCUCAACCUACACGGUUGCAACGCCAGCAACCCGCCGCCCCAUGUGAGUUGCUACGACGCGGCGCCUGAAGUCAAGGACUGGGUGGUCUGUCGCAUAUUCAAGAGGACAAAGCCGGCUCACCGCGGCCGUUUCCGCGGCAGGGAGGAUGCAGGGGAGAGUCCCUCAUCGUCGGCGUCGUCAUGCGUGACCGGUGACCAGGAGGACGAAGAAGAAGAUAGCGGCAGCGGCGGCAAUAGCAGCAGCUGCAGUGUCGGCUCUAAUUGAGAGUAGUAGAGUUAACUAGGCCGUUAAUUAUUGGCGGCAUGUUCUAAUGGAUGCCCUUCUUUACCCUGCUAAUGUCGUAGAAUCCUCAGUACCUUAGUAAGAGAGAGAGGGGAAAAAAAGAUCGAGCUCAAACAAAAGGGCUAAUCGCUUUGCUAUGUUCGAGCUCAUUGCGAAUCCAGAGUGUUUAUUAGCGAAUAAUUAAUCGUGUUCUUUUGCCAGUUAAUCAUCAUGUCCUUUUGCCUGCGUGCUCCCAGAGAUUCA